AUGACUACAACCACUACGCCACAGAAGCCAAAACCUACCCAGCCCUCAUCCCCGAGAGACUUUUUCCGUAAACUUUAUGGCGACCUCGAACCAAAGUCAUCGCAGGAGGAGGAGGCCAAAUAUACCAUCGCUCUCAAGAAAACCGACAGCGAUAUUGUAGCUCCUAUACCAAUUCUGGCUACGUCCACUUUGCCCUUUAUACUUCCACACGCAAGUGAUUCUCAACUCGCUGUAGCUGCAGCAGGAUUAUCAGCAUUUUUGGCAAGACGACGCCGAAAGGAAGGUAGGCCAAGACGACAAAGGACCACUUUCAGCAGCGAACAGACUUUGCGUUUGGAGAUAGAGUUUCAGAGGUCGGAGUAUAUUAGUAGAGGAAGAAGAUGUGAAUUAGCUGAAUCUCUGAGACUAUCCGAAACUCAAAUCAAAAUUUGGUUCCAGAACAGAAGAGCCAAGGAUAAAAGGAUAGAGAAGGCUCACAUUGAUCAUCAUUACAGAAAAUUGUUGGGAGUAUUCCCAGGAAGCUUAUGCCCCAUAUGUGUUGACAGUCCAUGUUACCAUGUGUCUCCAUUGCUACAAACACAGUAUCCAAUUUCACAGAAUAACACAAGUAGCAGUCCUCAAUACGAAAACGAAAUUAGUAAUGGUCAACCAGAUAAUACUUGUAAUAACUGUAAAACUUAUGAUAUGUAA